UAGGAGAGAGAGAGUCAGCAACAGAGAGAGAGAGCCAUUGACAUGGACAUGGGGAGUCAUAUGACCGGCGUCUCAUUCCAGAGAUAGUGACGGACAGAGCACUCACUCUGUCCUCCCUUCUAAUAUUACACCAGAGCGGCAGAGUGUGCGGAGGAUGUGUCGCAACAUCAUCAGAGGACUCUGAAAAGAUUUGUUUUGGAUAUCGUCUAUAAGUAUUAUCACUAAGGGACAUAACAAUAUAUCACAGCUGAGCUACAAUGCCUGAGGAAAAAGUGUCCUCUCCUCAACAGCCUUGUUAAAGCCGAUCCAGCGUUAACCCUGUGUUUGUCUGCCCGGUUUCUAAAUGCGGGGCUGUAACUGUGUGGAGCAGGGAGCAGUGUGCUCUUCCGUCACAAUGUGACGAAACUUGUAAAGUUUGGAAGGAAGGAAGCACAGGCGGCACACCCAGAAGGACACACGGGGGCCAUGUGCUUCCACAUGUUGUUUCGCAUGCACGCAUGGAUGAAUACACACGAAAAGUGUUUCAUCAGCAGGCUGUCCACAGCCCUCUGGAGCAGCAGAAGCAGAAGCAGAAGGGCGGAGGGGGAGGGGGACCUAUCCCCUGUCAGAACUGUGGGAAGCCCUGCAAAGGGGAGGCACUCAGAGUUCAGAACAAGCACUUCCACAUCAAAUGCUUUGUCUGUAAAGUGUGCGGUUGUGAGCUGGCCCAGGGAGGCUUCUUUGUGCGUCUGGGCGAAUACAUCUGUACUCUGGACUACCAGCGAAUGUACGGGACUCGCUGCUUCAGCUGCCAGGACUUCAUUGAGGGAGAAGUGGUGUCCGCCCUGGGCAAGACCUACCACCCUCGCUGCUUCGUCUGCGCCUCCUGCAGACAGCCAUUCCCGGCCGGAGACAGAGUGACAUUUAACGGAAAGGAGUGCAUCUGCCAAAAGUGUACCCAACCUCUCCCUGCCAACAGCCCUGCACCCAUACAGGCUGUCCACAAUUGCUGCGGCUGUGGGAAGGAGUUUAAGAAUGAACAGUCUCUUGUAGCACUGGACAAGCACUGGCACCUGGGCUGCUUCAAGUGUAAAGUCUGCAACAAGGUGCUCAAUGCCGAGUACAUCAGCAAGGAUGGCAUCCCCUUCUGCGAGAUGGACUACCACGCCAUGUUCGGCAUCCAGUGCGAGAGCUGCAAGAAGUACAUCACUGGAAAAGUCCUGGAGGCUGGGGAGAAGCAUUACCACCCCUCAUGUGCCCGCUGUGUUCGCUGUGAGCAGAUGUUUGCAGAGGGAGAAGAAAUGUACCUGCAAGGAUCUUCUAUCUGGCAUCCACCAUGCAGACAAGCUGCCAAGCAAGAGGAGAAGAGUAAGAAGCAGGUCCGGAUACAGCUCAGUGACAUCCCUGAGCAACAGGUGACCCGGACUUCAUCUGAGAGCAUCACCUCGGUCCCUGCAUCCAGCACCUCUGGCUCUCCCAGCCGAGUCAUCUAUGCCAAACUAGGAGAGGAGAUGCUGGACUACAAGGACCUGGCAGCUCUUCCAAAGACCAAGGCCAUCUAUAACAUAGACAGGCCUGACAUGCUGUCCUACUCUCCAUAUGUCAGCUACCCAUCAGAGGAAAGGCACUACGGAGAGUCCCCCCAGCUACUUUCUCCUACACCUACUGAGGGUGAUGGGUCACCCCGUCAGAGGAGGCCCUCUAGCCCCAGCUCCAACAGCUCCCUGGGGGGCUACGGACGUUACACCCCAUGCCGUUCCCCCCAAAACUACAGCCGACCAGGACAUUCAGGGCCAGAGUUAUACCUUGCUGGUAGAUUCAGCAGCCAGGCCUGUGACUCCGGUUCUCUUCCUAUGCACACAAGCCUCAUGGGUGGCAUUAAGUACCCUUCCACCGGGGCGAGGGACUCCCUCCCUGUGAACUUUUCUGGUGGGGCUAACGGGAGUGGCAGUGGUGGUGGCAAGUACUCACCGCCACCAGCAGGUGGCAGUGUAGGCUUGUCUUUACACCUAAAUCCCACCACCCUGGCCAUGCUGCAGCAGCACAACUACAUCCCAUACUUUAGAGGGUUCAAACAGGAACCCCUACCUGACCCUAAACCUAGGACAUCACUGCAUCUCAGUUUACCUCCUCCCAACGGUAGUGAAAGUGGUCGGAGUACCCCCACCUUAUCUACCUAUUCUGAUGGCAAAUCCCCCUCUUCUACAUACGUGGCUGCUCCCCGACAUUUCCACAUACCAGAGACUAUGGUCAAAGAUAAUAUCUAUAGAAAACCCCCCAUCUACAGACAGCAUGCUUCUAGAACAUCCUGGCAGGAUGGGGAGGAUAGCAAGAGGACCAGUUGGAUGAUUUUGAAGAGUGAGAUUGAUGGACAUAUGGGUCCAGAAGACCUGGACCCCUGCAAGUCCACUUGCAGUCUGCCCACUGACACCUCCCAGCCAAAUUUCCCCUACAAUAAGUCUGCAUCUUUACCCGGAUAUGGAAGGAACGGCAUCUACAAGGCUCCUGAAAUGGUGGAGGAUGAAGUUGACCCAGACUCCCAGAGCUGGGGAGGCAUGAGAGAGUACAAGGUCUACCCUUAUGAAAUGUUGGCAGUGACGCAUAGAGUGAAAGUGAAGCUUCCCAGAGACGUAGAUCGCACCAGACUGGAGAAACACCUAUCUCCUGAGGACUUCCAGCAGGUUUUCGGCAUGACCCUUGAGCAGUUCGACCGCCUGGCACUCUGGAAGAAGAACGACCUGAAGAAGAGGGCACGCCUUUUUUAGACAGACAAAAAAAAAAACACCACGCAUCUCAGCAACCAACCGUCCCGUCUGGAAAGGAAGCAGAAAAGAAAAACCCAUUUGAAAUAUCAAUAUAUGCACCGCCAUGAUACCCCUACUUUCCACGUGUAAAACACCAUGCCAUCUGCCUGUAACGCCACGAAAGGAGCUCUGUGUGGGAACAUUCUCACCUUGAGGCAGCGUCUAUAGCUUUUUGUAUGCGAUGUGGUCUGAAUGUUUUACUGAUAACCUCACGGUGGAGGACGAGGAGCUGCGUUUGCAUGGCCUGUGUUGAUCCUCCUUGCCUCCCAUGUGGUUUCUGCAUCCCCGCCGACUCCCACCCUCCACCACCCAUCCUGACGCUCUCAUACACCUUGGCAAAAAUGACAGCUUUUUCUAAUUCUUGCGUAGAUCGUCCCCCAGGUUUCUGUGGUUCUGACUGUUUUAUGUCCGCCUUCUUCUGACUCUGUCAGUCUUGACUUAUCUCUAAGUUUUUCCCUCCGCAGUGUGCUUGUUUUCACUUGGUGAGAUUUGAUCAUCUUGUCUGUGUACACACAUCAUCUGUUUGCUGCUCUGCCUUUUUUUCGCUCACUGCCUCGCCAUCAUUUUACGUUGUGGUCCCGGCACUGACUGGCUAUCAGGCAAGUUCAUUUUACACCUUCAAGACAGUAAAGAGAGUGACAGACUUGUAAACAUUCACUGUUCAAGCAUGCCAAUGCCAAAGGCAAGACUAAGAAACAACUUCAGCUUCUCUCUUUAUCUUCAUCUUAUCAUCGGGCUUCGUUUUCAUUUUCCCUUCAUGUUCUGUCAGAGAAGAGUGCAAAAACCUUGUCGGGUAGUUUUAAUGUGUGCCCUGAUUGCAGGAUGCAGGCCCAUAUCUUAAUUAAGCCUCUUGUAAAUCAGCGAGUAUAGCGACAGCCAGCGCUGGAAGGGGGCCACAACAUGGCAGUAAAUCACAGAUAGAAAGGGGAUAAAAAAAAAAAAAUUUAAAAAUGGAGGAGAAAACAUACAGUGCAGAAAGUUUCAGGGUAUAUAAAGGUGUCAAACAUUGCCACAGUGGCAUGAACUCGCAUAGAAAAAAGAUUAUUUUUAUAAGCUAUUUUUGACUUCUGGAAGGGAUCAUUACACCGGUCAUGAAACACAGCUGAGAUGAUUUUGUUAAAAGGAAGGGGGAAAAGAGGACAUGCCGACUUUGUUAAGCUUCACUGACCUGCAGCAGCACUUACACUGAACAAAUGAGGUCUUGCUUGAUUCAAAACUCAAUAAUAUAACUGUGUUAUAUCUCCUCAGAUAGAGAGCUAACUCUUUAUAUGUUUGUCAUUUUAAAGCAUUGUUGCAUCCAGUAAAUGCUACACAUGUAGAAGCUGAAGUCUGUCAGCUUUGCUUGAUUUAUCUGGACCAUAAAUGGAUCGGCUCGCCAACUAACAUACUGUAAAUUGUAUGUGAACAUGUACUGGACAUAUACCAGAUAUAUUUGUCUGUAUACAAUCCAUGGUGUAUAACUCUUCAAGGCAUGCAUGAGAAAGGGGGAAAAAAAUGGGAGUUUGUCCGCUGACCUCACAUUAGAAAUGUGUGAAAAAUCAUCAAUGUGGUUUGAGUGAUUGAUUAUUUUCUGGUUAAAUGACAUCAGAUGCCUGGGUCAGCUGCUUACGUUAGCUUGUGUUAUAUGUAUUUAUUUAAUUGCAAUGUUCAGGAAGGAAUUUUAUUUUUUAAAUUUUGAGGGUGUAGUGUCGAAUGAGUAGCAUCACCAAGCAGAACGCUUCUGAAGAGCAACACAUCAGAUUUUGAGUUUAAUUUUAAGAGUGUCAUAUCACUUUUGUUUGCUCCUGUAAGUAACACACUAACUUGUUGUCAUAAAGCAUCCUGUCCUCUUUCUAAUAUUCAUCUGCUAUUAAAGUGCUUUAUCCAAAAUUCA